UGUCUCGAAUUAAUGGAAUGGAUGACUCGGAAAAUAUCUGGAAUUCUCAUACCUAUUUAUCGGUAUAGAUGGGCAAUUUUCCAUUCGGAUCAACCGCGGUAUUGAUGAUACUUGAUCGAUCGAAUCAAUAGGAUAGAUAGUCACGCAGUUACCAUAAGAAUAUAUGAAUAUUAGAAGAUUUUCAUUUAAUCAUCCCAGUCAGAUUCUAUGAAAGAGGUGUCCCCUCUCCCUGAACAUGUCUGUACAAAGCGAUUCCAGCAGGCAGAAUCAGCAACAGAAUAAGAGACCCAUUGUUAUCAUUUAUCCUACGGUCGCACCAGAAACCGUGGUGAUUCCGAUCAUUUCCUGCAUACUGGGUUUUCCCCUGCUGGCGUUACUGGUGAUCUGCUGUUUGCGACGAAGAGCAAAAUUGGCGAGGGAACAGGCGAGGAGGAGGAAUUACGACUCAGAGCACGGUACAUUUACUAUUAGAUACAGCCAAAUACAUUAUUUAGGGCGUGGAAGAGCAGUUUCACUCCGUUCGGAAAGAGCCAUGAGCAGAGGUUUUCCUUCAUUGGAAUUGGACACCGUGAUGGAGGAGAGGUCGGAUCCUGAACCAGAGGCGACCGUCAUAGAGUUGAUGACGCCAGACGGUAACGAACCUUCGGAUGGUAACAGAUAGCACAGGAUGAAGGACAGGAUUAGUGUGGCUGAUAGAUCCCCUUUGUGGACCGCACUAACCCAAGCCCAUACCUUCACAGUCUUUCCCCAAAGUUGACAAAACAAGAUGGUCAAUUGGAAAUUUCCCAACGUGCUGGAGAAUGACAGCGGGUUGUUAUCUACACUCAAAGUCAAAUUAUACUAAAAAAAUUACAUCAUCUGUCAAUCUCAGAUUCCUGAUACUUCUAUUACGAGGAGCCAUGUGCCUGAUGCAAAAUUCUACAAUAAUUUCAUGGAACAAAAUAAAAAAUAUUGGUCCUUCUGUAGACUACUUCCUUUCAGUUCAAUAAAUCCGUUUGAAGUAA